AUGUCCUUUUCCAGCUUGAUGCAAGAUCUGAGUUUGAGGGAGUCUGGUGUCCCCUCUAGCCGGCGCCCCGUGACCGACGCUGCCUCCUCCAUCAUGGAUGACCGGGCCUCCAACAUCUCUCGUGCCUCCAACAUAUCCCGCGCUUCCAACAUCUCCAGGGCCAUGUCAUACGCUAGCACUGCGGCCACCACCGUGAGCAUCUCGGGCGAGAUCUCGAGCCAGCUCCACGGCGGCUACCAUCACCCUCUUGCGCGUCAAUGGCAGGCCGAGCGCCAGCUCACCAAGGAUAUGCUUAUCUACCCACUCUUCGUCUCCGAUAUCGAUGAUGAGGAGGUGAUUGUUCCUUCGCUCCCGAACCAAUACCGCCGAGGCAUCAACCGCAUCGUGCCAUUUCUCGAGCCCCUCAUUCACAAAGGCCUAAAGUCGGUCAUACUCUUUGGUGUUCCUAUGAAACCUGGAAGCAAGGACGCUCUAGGCACUUCUGCGGACGACCCGGAGGGUCCCGUCAUCAAGUCCAUUCGGUUGCUUCGCCAGCGUUUCCCUCAACUCUUUAUCUGCACCGACGUUUGCCUGUGCGAAUAUACCUCCCACGGACAUUGCGGUAUUCUCCGGGAAGAUGGCACUCUCAACAACCAGCUUUCCGUUGACCGAAUCUCGGACGUAGCCUUGGCUUAUGCGGCCGCUGGGGCACACUGCGUUGCCCCAUCCGACAUGAACGACGGGCGCAUCCGAGCCAUUAAGCUCAAGCUUAUCGAACAGGGAAUCUCGCACAAGACUUUGCUCAUGUCUUACUCGGCCAAGUUCUCUGGCUGCCUCUACGGCCCCUUCCGCGACGCGGCUGGCUCGUGCCCCUCUUUCGGAGACAGGAGGUGCUACCAGUUCCCUCCCAGCGGCCGCGGCCUUGCUCGCCGGGCCAUCAUCAGGGAUAUCAACGAAGGCGCCGACAUCAUCAUGGUCAAGCCUGCUGGCCAGUACCUAGACGUCAUUAGCGACGCCAAGGAGUUGGGCAAGGACUUGCCCAUUGCUGCGUACCAGGUCAGCGGCGAGUUCGCCAUGAUCCAUGCUGGCGCCAAGGCUGGCGUCUUUGACCUCAAGGCUAUGGCCUUUGAGUCCUCGGAGAGCAUUCUCCGAGCCGGAGCCACCAUCAUUGUCAGCUACUUUACUCCCGAGUUCCUCGACUGGUUGUAA